AUGAUACAAGGAACGCGUCGCUGGCUCAGGCGCAACCGCACAAACUUCGCAAUCGGCGCCGGAGUGCUCGGCGCCGGCUAUCUGGCGGGGCAGUAUGUGCUGGGCAAGCUCGGGGAGGCGAGGCAGCGCAUGAGCGAUGAUCGCAUCGCGAAAGAGAAUCUCCGCCGCCGCUUCGAACAGAACCAGGAAGACUGCACCUUCACCGUCCUCGCCAUCCUACCGACCGCGACCGAGAACAUACUCGACGCCAUUCCCGUGGAGCAAGUGCUGGAAGAGCUACAGAGACAAAAGGCAGAGCGCCUGUCACGUAGCGUCGGGCCCAGCGAGAUUGCGAGUACAGCGCCUCCAAGUGUAGCCGACACGACCGAGGAUGACGCAAGAAGCUCGAGUCUGCAGACAGACAGCUUCAUCCAUGCCAGCCAAAUCGCUACAGAGGGCGAUAGCAAUACGGGACCAGCUGAGGGCAGUCCAGAGCCCCGAGAGGACAGGAGGUCCAAGAAGAGCAAAGCACAGCUAUGGAGUGAGAUGAAGAUUAGCUCAAUAACGCGAGCCUUCACCCUCGUCUACACCCUGUCUCUCCUUACCCUUCUCACUCGCAUUCAACUGAACCUCCUCGGCCGUCGAAACUACCUCGCAUCCGUCGUGUCCCUGGCCGCACCGCAGCCGACCACUGAAGGCUCAAGAAUCAACCUAGAAAACAACGACGACGACAACUUCGAGCAGGCGUACGGCAAUGAUUUCGAGACAAACCGCAGGUACCUUAGUUUGAGCUGGUGGCUGCUACACAAGGGAUGCAUAGAUCUCAUUGAGAAAGUGAGGGUUGCAGUCAAGGACGUCUUCGGCCUUGUGAACCCAAGAGAAGAGAUGACCUUGGAGAGACUGUCUGAACUUACACUGGAAGUGCGCAAGAGAGUCGAAGGUGCGACCGAGGAAGAGCGAAGAACAUGCAAGUGGCUUGCUUUCCUACUUCCACCGCAAGACCAGGAAGACUACGUCCUUCAAGAGUCCGGCAUGACCUCAUCAUCUGAAUCGACAUCCCCCACAACAACUGCCUCUCUUCGUCGCCUCAUCGACGAAACCUCCGACCUCAUCGAAUCGCCUGCCUUUGCCCAUGUCCUUACACAGCUCCUCGAUGCGGCCUUCUCCCACCUCGUCGAUGUGAAGAUCUCGCAACUCUCAUACAAGAUCCCGCCCAUCUCUGAUAGCAACGCUCGUGUGCAGGAGAUUGUUGGCCACGACGUCAAGGCCAAGGUCGCCAACAGUCUAGCGGUGUUCUGCAGACAGGCGCAUAGUAUCGGAAGCGGAGCGAACAACGAGUACCUAGCUGCUAUCGAAGCUGUUGGUGGUCUGGAGGCAUUCGCUGCUGUGGUCUACUCUAGUAACUUCGAGUACGAAAGCCCAGAGGCUGCUGCCUUGGACCGUCCCGCUCCUGUUCAAUUGACGAAGCCAAGCGUGGUGCCUGAAGUUGCAGCUUUACAAGAUGUACAGCAGGUAGAUGCUCCUAAGUCGGACGACCCAUUCGAGAGCGCUUGGGGAAAGGCGUUAGCGAAAGAGGAUGGGAAGAAGAUCUGA